AUGUCUGAGUCCUCCAGUGUCGCCGCGAAGAAGAAGGUGGUUCAGCAGCUCUGGAUGGAGGCCAGGCUCUACCGUAUGAAGGUUUCUCAGGCAGCUGAAGACUUGAAACAAUUCUGUCUGCAGAAUGCUCAACAUGAUCCACUGCUGACUGGAGUGUCUUCAAGUACAAAUCCCUUCAGACCCCAGAAAGUCUGCUUCUUUUUGUAGUCAGUAAAUCUUUCAAAGGAUCUCCAGACUAUUUCCUAUGAACCAGUGAAUAUUCAAAAGAAAGUUGA